UUCUUCUGGCGGAUCUGUUGUUGGAAAGCAAACACGCCUCCCUCCCCCUCACAUGACUCACCCAGGGAGGUCUAAUGGGAGGACCCCCUUCCUCACCUACCUUCACCCAGAUCAGGAGCCAGACUUACAACACAGUACGGACCAAUGGCACGGCAGCACAGUGAGACACUGGGUAACAGAGCAGAGUAUUGUAGUCUGUCUGGCCGGUUGGUUUCACCUGCUAACAAACUGGUUUCUGCCGUGAAUGACUGACUGACUGAUUCACUGACUGACUGGCAGCAGCGGAGGCUGACUUCCCUGUCCACAGGGAGAGGAGGUGCAGCCUGAGACGACAGCAUCUCGCUGGGCAGAAGAACACCACAGUCCUGCCAGAAGGACCCAGUCUGGAGGCAAUGGCACACAAACACUUACAAAGGUAAGUGAGACAGGAUCCAAUACGAGGCACAGGAUAACAGAGUGGACGGAAAACCGACACAGGUACGUGGGCGUUUCAUUUACAGCAGAGCUCCCCCCGCUGAGACCACCUGCCCCGAGGAAACUCCAGCAGCUCCCUCUGCGUCUGGGUUGCGACUCCCCCUGCUCCAUCUCCCUUUGUUAUUCCGGGCUAUGGAUGGGGAUGGGCAGGAUAAUUACAGGAGGAAUGCUAAAGUGGUCCGAGGACGUGAAGGAGGCGACAGAAUGAGCUGUUUAGAUUCUCCCACUCGGCGCCGGGGAGAUUGUGGCGCAGUGUCUGGCUAGGCUUGUGAACCAUGACCACAGUCUAACUCACCGGGUCUAAAACAGUGAAUGACGCUGCUGCCGACCGGCUGAUUCUACUGUAGCGGCACCAGUUCACAGACCUGCCGGCUAUGAUGUUUAUACCAUAGACUGGUACAGCUAGCUCAUGGGACGCUCACUUCACUGAUUGCUCCAGGAAGAGGGAAGGGUUUUGGACACCGGUUAUAGUCUUUCAGCAGGAAGGAGGAUUGCUUUGUGAGAUAUGGAGGCUGAAAAGGGCAACUGUGACACGAGAGAUUGACUCAUCUGCCACAAAUGGGCAGAAUGAGGCUGACAUUAGGAAAAUACAUUCUUCCACCUGCCACCUCAACAUGCUAGGGUAAUAAUGGGGGGGGGGGGUCCCCACACCCUGCUACUGCAGUCUGCCUGGCAAGAACACCCCUCUCCCCUCCCCCAGAGUGAUUCUGCAUCAACCGACCAUCUGGUCUGGAGAGGUAAUAGAAAAGAAAGCCUUUAUUUUCACUCUCCUGGAGUAAUUAGGCCAUUUAUAUUCCUCACUUGAUGAUUUAAGAGAAGCAGAAAGAAGUCAAUAUUCAGACUAUACGAGCAGCAGCAUUUCAGCCAUAGGCUUGUCCAACUCACUUUGCCUUGUGAUUUAUGAAGGGCCCACUACAUGCCUUCACUAGGUGCUCUGCUGUAAUAUAUCCCCCCUCGUGCCAUUAAUCAUCCCCUGAUAACCUUAACACGCAAGAAACUUCCAUCUUAAAUCAGGCGCCACCACCUCUAAAUUGCACUUCAGCGCUUUGAAAAUGCGCUCACUCAAAUAGUUUGCAUGUGGUGGGAGACGGUGGACUGGGAAACCAAGGCUGACUUAUUUACCCUGUGACAACCUUAAUAUCUGUCAAUGGCUCUCACUGUCAUCUGUCAACCUCCAUCCUCUCAGCAAGUAGAAAGCAUCAUACCCAGCUGAGGACUGGGGGGGUGAGACUGGGAUGAUGGGAAUGUAAAUAGGGCUUAAUGUUGUAAUGAACAUGCAUUUUAGGGCAGGAACAUGGUAAUCAUAACCCCUCGUGAUUUCUAGAUUAAUUUCGCUACUCCAAAUUGGCUCAUUAUAUAAGGAUCGACGUAGAAAUUCUUCAGCUCUCUCCAUUGUUAACUUUGUUCUGCCUCUUUCAAACAAAGAUUUCAGACAUGAAUAGUGACUUUGAGUCUAUGGUUUCUCUUACAAACUAACGCUGAAUGCUAAAUAAUGUAACUCGACUUACAAUACUUUAAAUAUUUUUAUAAUACUUUCAUAGAAGUUUAUCCCUCCAAACACAUUUUUCUGAAAAAUCACAGAUCUGCGUCUAUCCAUAUAGAUAGAGUCACACGCGCAUCCAUAUUAACACUUUCACAUUUCCUUAUUUCAUCUGUAUGGCUUUCUCCAUGCUCGGCAAGAAGACUGUUACACUUGCUUUCCCUGGGUCUCUUUGCCCAUAUACGCCAUGGACUGCUUUUUCCUGACCCUACUCUCUGCCCAUUGGUGUGUGAGCAGUAAUUUGUCAUCUCCCUCUGAGCGUAACCAAGAAGAGGUGGCAGGCCCUCGGGGUGGCCAGCCGCUACCACCUGAACAAGCCGCAAUUUCCCCUUACGUAACGGCUGCAGGUUCUGAAGAGGGAGAGUGGAACAAUCGAAUGCAACGCUGGGGAAUACAGAAAGUAAAAGAAGGGAAAAAAAGCUAUAAUUCCUCUGAGGGGAAAGAGAUGCAUUAAUUAUAACAAUACCUUCAAAAGACAACCUUUAUUACAUCAGAAGCAAGGGAGGACAAGAUAGGCACUCAGGAGAUGUAGACACUAGGCAGUCAGCACCACUAAAGCUAUCAGCUCCUGCCGGAGGGGCCCCUGCCUGUCCGUGCUGCCAGCUAAGGCUUCCCACGCUCUCAGAACAGCCUCUGGCGGACAGCACAGACAAACGAAGAACCCAUCCUGAUCCAUGCCCAUCUUAUUCCCCCGCUCUGAGAUCUUUUCCCAAGGAACACUUGCUGUCAAAAAACGCAACUAGGCAAAAUGAAGAAUUCCAUUAGGUCACAAGAAGAGACAGAUGACUGGGGAACAAAAUGGAGUGUACUAAACAAACAGAGCAUCUAUGCUGGUGUCAAUGCGGUGAUAUUUUAAACUACUCCGACAUCCGAACACUUGAUAAACACCUGGUAGAACACACAGAGAAAACAAUGAGGGCCUAAAUCAAAUGAACCCUGGAUAAUCUCACGUUGCGUCACAGUGGCUUCCUGCCUGUGACGGCUUACAAAUGUUCUGCGAGUUAAAAAUGGACAUGCCCAUACAUGGAAGAAAACUGUGUUGACAGCAACCUGGCCCUUCUCACGACACCUCCGACAGCAGUGGUUAAUAACAAGGCAUUUACGAAAUGAUUAGCCCAAAGAGAAUACACCACCAAAUAAUAAAUAUGCUAAUUGAACAAUAAAAAUCCCCUAUAUCAGGAAAGGACGAUCUCUGUGUCCGGUCUUCCCCUGGAGCUACACCGUCGACAGCUCGCCUAUGAGGUGAUAAAAAAGAAGGGACCAUGCUUAUAAUAGCCUGCCAUGUCUUCACACAUCACAGCAUCACACAUCUGCACUCCCUGGGUACAUGUUAACUGCAGUUCCCUCCACCUCAUCUCGCCCGUCCUGUUAUUUAUUUAUUUAUUCAAUUGUAUUCCCAGUGGAACACCAACAACAUCGGCACAUAAGAUCCUGUUGGGGAAAACCUAGUCUAACACUCUGACGUGCAGAAACACCGGAUAUUUGUCCAUCUACUGCAGCAGCCCACAGGGGCCCAGGGUAUGCUGCCUGAAGGUCAUCAGCACUACCACCACAGGCUAUACUAUAGUAGUGUGUGUAUAUAUAUAUAUAUAUAUCGCUGUGUAUGCAAGGUCUUACAGUGUAAAUGGUCUCUGAGGGGACAUCUUGGUCAGGAGAGUUAGGCCAUUGGACCAAAUUAAGCGAACAGAUCAAUCACCAAACCCAAUCAAUCAAUCGAUCGAUGAACACCCUUCGGGUCGUUACAGGAUUGGCGUGUGGAGAGCGGUCAUUUUUGUUGUUGCUGGAUGUCCAGGACGAUCGUGCCCACGCAGCAACAUUUUGGGAAACGAUACAUCGGUCAUCAACGGGUAUCACUUCUACUGGCAAGGGCUGUUUUUUGUGUGCCUCUUUGUCAUUUAGGAGUCAAGGCUGUCCGUCCUGCCCCUCCUCCCUCCUCUAUGAAAAGUCCUCUGUAGAGGGGAGUGGAGGAGAGGGGUAGCAGCUGUGAGUAUAGUCUCAGAUUGAGCGGUGGCUGAUGCCCACUGCUCUAGAGGGUCCAUUUUGGCAUAGGAGGCUGUAAACACAACCACAUUGCCCUGACCCUCUGAGGGACUUGACAACAAAUAUAUAUAGCUAGUUAUAAAAAAAAAAAAGAGACAGACACUGCCACGUUUGCUGUGGGUUUUACCUUGAUGUAGUUAUUGUAGAUGUUAUAUUGCAUUAUUAUUGCUAAAUUAGAUAUAUUAGGUUGAAUGAUAGAUCUGACAUUGGGUUUAAAGUGAAGACAUUGUUGAUUAAAAUAUAUUUCCCAGUGUGCAAUUGGUUAUUUUGAGUCCUAAAGUUGAAAGAAAAGCUGCAACAUGGCCAUCGACCGUUGGGGGCUCAGUUAAAUAAAAGAUGGCCAGAAAAAUUCUAUAAAGUUCAAGUAAUUUCCUUAACUUAAAUACCAGAGACUGGAGAAAUCGGCGCGGACAAACUGGCGCGUCAUAAGGAUCUCUGCAGCAUCAGCCGAGUCCAGUGGAGCCGGCGCUGAGCAGAGGGGCUGAGGAUCGGCUGCUGCCAGCUCUAUCAGCAGUAUCCCCCUCCAGCCGACUGAGCUGAGCGGCGGCGGGGGCGGAGGAAAGGUGACUGGCCGGCGCUAGGUGGAUGGUGCCUGGAGGACGGCGGGCCUCGGCAGCAGGAGGGAGAUGGCAUCCACGGGCAUGCAGAUCUUCGCUUUCGUCCUGGCGCUGCUGGGCAUUAUGGGAGCCAUGGUGGCCACGAUGCUGCCCAACUGGAAGGUGAGCGCGGACGUGGGCUCCAACAUCAUCACGGCCAUCUCCCAGAUGCAGGGCCUGUGGAUGGACUGCACCUGGUAUAGCACCGGCAUGUUCAGCUGCACCCUGAAGUACUCGGUGCUGUCGCUGCCAGCCUACCUGCAGACGGCCCGCACCACCAUGGUGCUGUCCUGCGUGACGGCCGCCAUGGGCCUGUGCCUAGCCUCCCUGGGGCUCAAGUGCACCCGCUGGGGAGGCGGACGCCGCUCCAAGAGGCACACGGCCAUCGCCAGCGGGGGCUGCUUCAUCGCCGCCGGCUUCCUGUGCCUGGUGCCGGCUUCCUGGUUCACCAACGAGGUCAUCACUAAGUUCCUGGACCGCAGCGUGCCAGAGAGCAAUAAGUUUGAGCCCGGGGGGGCCGUGUACGUGGCCUUCCUGUCGGCGGGCUUCCUCUUCGUGGGGGGGUCCAUCUUCUGCAUGACGUGCCCGGGGAAGAGGCAUGGCCACCAGGACAUGGUCCUUUUGCCGCCGCCUGAUAAACUGCUACUGCAGCAGCAACAGGAGCAGCUUCAACACCAGUACUGCUCCCUCUCCCCGCUGGACAACAAGACUGGCUACAGUCUGCAGGACUACGUCUAGGCUACGGCCGGGAGACCCGCAUUGCCGCGCGCCACACCAGCUUGGGGAAGCCUCCGCGUGUGAUACACCUGGCUCUUAGCGGAGCGAGAGACGGAGGAGGAGGAGGGGGUGGUGAAGAAAAUGUGAGAGGAGGGGAAGGACUUGGAUGGCAUUUUUUUUUCUCCCCCUCAUUGUAUCUUUUUGUUUGUUCCGCGAGCGCGAGCGGCGGAGGUGUUCCCUGAGCAGCUCCUUGGAUAGACAGACGGUUGGUGAAUGCAAAGCGCAGCCGGGGGAGGACGGACGGCGCUGCGGAAUGGGAGGGGAACCGCAGCUGAACAAAUGCAGAUACCCCAGCAAUCAUCAGUAAAUCACAUUAAGAGUUCCCGGGGGAGUGGAUUCGCUGAUAGCCUCCCGUUCAUUUCCUUUUCCUUGCCAAAGGUUUGAAUUGAUAAGCAAUCGUUUAGCUGCUAACAAUCGUUUGGUAACCACCCAUUCGGCAGGUCAGCAAUAUUGAUAUUAUUGUCUCAAAGAGGCAAUAAUACUAUGUGGAAUUCCUUUUUCAUAAGCAAGCCAUUGUAGUUUCCAACCAUCCACUAGAUAUGCUAGUUGUUGGUACUGAUUUAAUAACUGAUUUUUAUUUUUGGUAGCUAAUAGAGUGAUUGAUAUUUUUGCCUAAGCAUGCUGUCUGAACCUGUCGGUGUAUAAUGCAGAGGAAUGCCUGGUAGGGAAUGACACAUAUAUAGUGGAACAAAAUGCCUGUGCCUAAAAAAAAAAAAACUGUUGUACAUUAUCUUUCCUGCUGAAACUGUUCAAAGAGGAUUGUUAAGAUGAGUAAACAGAGUGCUGGGCUUGGAGACGGAACAAAAUCCUGGAUCUCACACUGCAGGUAUAGACAGACAGACCGACAGACCGUGAGAGAGACUGACGGGGAGAGGAAGAUGGACAGACUGAUGGAGAGAGGGAGAGCCAGUAGAGUGGGCUGUUUGACAUGUAUCUCGUUGCUUUUUCACUGAGCUCCUUGUGCUGUGCUACGUGCUACUGACUUCAUGUAUUAAGGUAUAGAAAGAAAACACACAAACCCACCCCACCCACAGACAUACAGUUCAGUUCACAUCCAUGCAGACGUUACAUAAUUAUACAAACACCCACACACACACACACACACACACACACACACAGGCAAACAUCCACACACAAACACGGGGAGGAAAACCCACACGCUCACAAAAAGAAACACACUGUACCCUUUGACACACUGGGCUGGAUGUGCUUUUCAUCCUGCUGUCCGCCUCCUCACUGCCAUGGAAACGGGAUCCUGCGCCCAAAUAUCUUUAUUGUCUGGGGUGUGUGUGUGUGACAGCUAGUGCUUUGAGGUUGGGUAGGAGGGCAUCUGUCUCUGCAUGGCCCUAUCAGCCUGCACAGAGCAUCCACACACAGAGCAUCCACACACCAGAGCAUCCACACACCAGAGCAGCUUCACUAAACCCCUUCAUUAGCUCAGUGACAGGAGGCACAAGCCAGUCUGGAAAGGAUAUGUUGUUCAUGACCCUAAAUGCAGUGUUUCUAACAUGGAAUUAGGGUUGAUGGCGUAACGUGAGGUUUUUGUUAAUGUUGACUCAAGUAAAAUCUAGUUUGAGUCAUUCCUUCAUAUGUGAAGUGCAUCAACAGGUCACAUGUCCCUCCGCCUAAUUGUGGAGCGAUGCUUGGACUCCAGAGAAAAGCAGUACGUUGUGCAGGUCCAUCAGAACCUCCAAGACGUGAGGUGAUCCGCAGGUUUCCAGACCAGUAAAUGCACAGGUUACGAUGUGGGACAGAACUGUGGCCUCUACUAUUUUAAAACGGUUAGGAUUCUAUGCAGCUUGGUCUUUCAGGUAGUGUGGUCUGUGUAAGACCUUGAAUAGUAUGACACGAUGUCCAGAGUUCACCUUUCCAGCAUUAUUUAUCUGCCUCUCCCUCCAUUUCAUCAUUCAUAUGUCUCGCUCUUUUCCUCAUCACAGGGACUGACUGUCUGUGACUGACAGGGGACACACUUGCAUGUUGAGAGCAUGUUAUCCAGCAUGCACCCACCCUGCCGUCCAUCAAUAGGUCAGGUGUCACUGUCGGCCUUCGACGCAGUCCUGUUUUAAUGUGUGUCCGCUACACGGCACAGAGGAGCGGGGAGGGGGUCGUAUCUGGUCUGAAAUGGCUGCUCUGGUGACUGCCAGUGAUGUAUGGCCCAGGCCGGAUGUAUUCCCCCCCUGACACGCCACCUCGGACAGGGAACAGCAGAUGGUUGAGUCCAGCUCGCCCCCUGCAGGUGGCCGACCACCAACCGGGGCAUCACGUAAGGUCCUGGCAGGCCGCGACGGACAGGUUUCGUCCCCCCCCAGCGUGCUCGGGCGUAGAGCAGUAUUUUGCCCAAUGCCCAGGCGUCUCUCACAAAUGCAAUAAAACGAAGAUAAGAAUGUGACUGUGCCCUCCAUGAGAAUGUGCCAAAUGGACUGGUGUCAGGUUGGGUACUGUUGGUAAUUCACGCCGUUUACCUUUUUAUUACGUCUGUAUGUGAAUUAUACAUUGGGAGAUGUUUUCUAGAUGAUUUCUCAGUCAACUGGUCACCUGUGUACAGUAGGACGCAGCUUUCCAGGGUUGUUUCUUCAGCCUCAUUAUUCAAUUAUAUUCCAAAGCACACAAUCCUUUCAGAAGCAUGAAAAAUAUUUUAGUUUCCUCCAGAAAGGUUUGCACAGUUAUUUUGUUAGUAAUGCUGAAAUCAUGCUUCGGGAUUUCUUAUUCAAAUACGAGUCUGUACACAUUUGACUAGUACAUCUCUGGACUUAAUUUUAUAUAUUUUUUUCUGCCAAGGGGAACAUGCUUUCCUAUUUUAUUAGAAUGUCUGAAGUUCAUAAACUGUACCUUCUUUAUAAGAAGACUACUGGAUCGCACCUCUGCUUGUGUUCCUUGGUUUGACAGCAGUUUGUUUCAAGUGGCUGAGCCUCGCUUGGUUCUCUGGACUGGUUCAAAUGUUCAUCAUGCAACUGGCAGGGUGGAAAACAGCAAAGCCAUUUCUGUCUAAUACCAUUUGAGCAGGCCAGUGUGAGCUGGAGGUUUGUGUCGUUAUUUAGAUGUGCAGCCUGUUCAUCAGCCAGCGCACCAUUUCAUUAGCUUCAAAUGGCCUGGGAUCAAAGAACAGCCUCUAGACGUCUAAGCAGUUUCAAGACCACAAUGAUCAUUCUGAUAAUUGCAGCUUAUUUCUGUGGACGCUUUAGCACUUCUUCAUUUGCCAGAUGAUUUUGAAACAGUUUGAGUGUUAUAAUUGCAGUGGUCUUAAUGUGCUUGUGCUAGUAGUUCUAUUUUCUACUAAUAAAAGUAUUUUGUGGAAGCAA